AUGGCCGACCAGCACACCAAGGUGCUGUUUAUGGCCAACAGCGAACAUGGUCAAACCAACAUCAUUCUGGCCAUCACGCACGAGCUGCUCGUCCGCGGUGACAUUGACGUGCACAUUGCCUCGUUCCCGGCGCUGGAACGUCGCGUCGAGAAGCUCCUAACGGACAAGUCCCCGGCGUACAAUGAGUCGUACCGGUCGCGCAUUCACUUCCACCCGGUCCGAGGGCCGUCCAAUACAGACGUGUUCAUCCGGACGGGGAAGAGAGGCGCUUUCCAUCCUCCCGGAUAUCAUGGCGCCGUGCUCGGUUUCCAGUCCCUCUGUGAGGACAUCUGGGGUUGGACCGAGGAUGAGUACGUCGAUAUCUACGAGAGCUGUAUCGAAAUCAUCAAAGACGUGCAGCCGUCUGUCAUCGCGGCGGACUUUUUCUUCCUCCAGGGCCGUGACGCUGCGUUUAAUGCUGGCUACACGGCCAUUCUUAUCAAUACCACUUCUCUCACUCAUAUCGUUCUGGGCCUGCAGCCAAACUCGGCGCCUUUGUGGAAAUACCCUCUUCCGGGAACUGGCUUCCCGUAUCCACUCCCCUGGCAUCUGAUCCCCUUCAACGCCCUGGCAGGGAUCAAAACCGCCAAAAUGUACCACGGCAGCGGUCGCCGUCGAGAGAUCCGUGAAUGGAGAAUCAGACACAAGAUUCACGGUCGAUUCCCCUUCGCCGAUGCCUGGCGUCCCGACCGCUUCCAUCUCACGCCCGCCCUGAAGGAGCUGGACUGGCCGAUGGAUGUCCCGGAGAACAUUCUUCCUUGCGGACCUAUCCUCCUUCCUACGGCGUCGGUGCAGCAGCAGGACCCUGAGCUAGCGGGCUGGUUGAGCCAAGCGCCCACUGUCCUGGUCAAUUUGGGGACUCUGUAUGCGCCGGACCCCAACGUAGCCAAGAGCAUCGCCACGGGACUGAAAAUGUUCCUGGACGGGUGGAAGGGCAAGAAAGUUCAGAUUCUUUGGAAACUACCGAAGCAUCCGCAUGAUGUGGACGGUGUGUAUAGUCGGUCUAUUGAGCCACUGAAGAAAGAGACGGAGGAGGGGAGUGUUCGCAUCGCGCCAUGGUUCGAGGUCGAGCCGAUGGCUAUGCUGGAGACGGGCCAGAUUGUCUGCUCCGUUCACCAUGGGGGUGCGAAUUCAUGGUACGAGGCUAUUCAGAAUGGCGUCCCUCAUGUCAUUCUCCCCGCGUGGCAGGACUGCUACGAGAACGCUGCCCGCGCUGAAUGGAUCGGCAUCGGCGUGUACGGCAACAAGAGUCGGGCUCCUAAUAUCAGUGCGCCGGAACUCAGUACGGCGUUGUUAAAGGUCAUGAACAAUAAGACCUAUAAGGAGAAGUCUGUCGAGCUGUCCAAGCUCUGCCACGUCAAGGAAGGGCGCAUUGCGGCAGCCGAUAAAAUCGUGGAGAUUGCUCGCAACCCGGAGAAGAUGUCCAUGGCCAUGCCAGAGAUCAAGGUCGAGGACCCCAAGUGUAAGCUCUACGAGGUCAAGAACCGGUCUGGUAUGACGCUUCAGACGGUUCAGGAGCCCAAGACGGAGGGCAAAUCCACGUCUCGAUCCCUCCUUCAACACGCCAUUCAAACUCUUUUCGUCACCGCCCUCUGCAACUCCUGGUUCUGGAUGCCUCUCCUAGGGUACUCCCUCCUCCUCGUGCCUCGUCUCCGCCUUGCCGUCCUCCUCUACAUACUGUACAUCAAAUUCAUCGCCAAAUCACACACCACAGGCACGCUCCCCUUCCGCAAUGACUCCCUCCGCACCUCCUGGCUCUGGCGCGCCUACGCCUCCUACUUCCCCCUCACGCUCUACCGCAGCGCUCCACUUCCGCCUCACAAGCGAUACAUCUUCGGCUACCACCCGCACGGGAUCGCAUUCCGCGGCGCCGCGGGAGCCCUGGCAGCCGAUGGGGUCGGGUUCGCGCAACUCUUCCCCGGGCUCACGAACACGCUCCUCAUGAAAGACUCUGUCUUCUUCUCCCCGCUUCUCCGUGAAUGGCUCCUUUCUAUCGGGUUGAGCGGCGUCUCGCGGUCCUCGUGUAUCAGACACCUCACGAAAGGUGGACACGAUGACCGAGGCAUGGGUCGCACCAUCACCAUUACCGUCGGAGGCAGUCGCGAAUACAACCUCGCUCGACCAGGGAGCAUGGACAUCGUGGUCAAGAUCCGGAAGGGGUUCGUGCGUGUAGCGGUGCAGACCGGAGCGGAGCUCGUGCCUGUCAUGGCAUUUGGGGAGAACGAGCUAUUCGAUCGGACGGAUGUGAAUCGGGGUUCGGUGUUUGUGAAGCUGGUUGCUGGGGCUUGGGAGGCCGUGGUUGGGCAUAAGGUGGCGUUUUCGACGGGCCGGUUUGGCAUCUUUUGUCCUAGGAAGGUGCCGCUGAAUGUGGUUGUGGGGAAGCCGAUUGAGGUCAAGCAGCAGAGGUGGGAGCCGGAUGAGAAGUAUAUUGAUGAGGUGCAUGCACGGUACGUGCGGGAAUUGAGGGGGUUGUUUGAGGAUUGGAGGGAUGUGUUUGGGGUGGAGAAGGGGGUGAGGUUUGAGGUUGUGGAGUGA